AUGUUGUUGAUUUCCAGUCGGUCGUCCAUACGCCUGGGUAGAGCUUUGGGAGGAUAUCGCCGGCAUCUUUGCCGUGCCAUGUCCGCUGACACUUCGUCUGAUUCCAACGUCGCUGCGAAUUUUUCAAAGUAUGAAUAUCCAAAUCGCACAGAGGCUCCGAUUAUUACCGCGACAACUGCUGAUAAGGUCGUAAGUCUCGAGACCAGCGGCUCGUCCAUCACUCCAUCCAACAAAAUCUACGAUCCUUCAGAUCCUUUUGAUGAACGGGGACAAUUGCCCCUGGGGGAAAGAGAAAAGAUCAGAGACAAACAAACCUCUGAUUUUGGUUCAAUCAAGCUCUCUAGCUUGCCCAUAACAGAAUCCGUGCCUGAUUUCAUCCCACCUAAUGUGGCGUCAACAGAAUUGAGUGCACCUGAAACCGUUAUCACUAAAUUAGACAAUGGCAUCCGUGUUGUUUCGCAAGAAACAUAUGGGCAAAUGUGCACCGUUGGUGUUCUCACAAAUGUGGGAAGUCGCCAUGAACCAACUUCAGGAAUUGUACAUAUGCUUGAGACUAUGGCCUUUGGAAGCACCAAGAAGUACGAUGGUUUGCAGAUUGCCGAAAUGCUACAAGAUUGGGGUGGAACUCGAUUCGUCAGUCAUUCGCGUGAACAGACCCUUCAUUGUAUUGAUAUAUUGAGACCUAAUGUACGAGAUGGAAUGCAACUUCUUUCAGAAGUUGUUCUCAACCCAUUGAUCACAGAGGUGCCUCAAGAUUUCAUGGAGGCUUUGGCAGUUCUAGAGUUCCAGGCGCAAGAGCAACUGCCGGAACUUGUUUUGGGAGAAGCAUUGCAAGUUGCAGCUUACGGAUCAGACCAACAACUCGGCAAAAUUCAUUUCGGCACACAAGAAACCAUUCCACUACUUACACCAGAUAGCGUUCAAAAUUUCUACGACAAUAGUAUUCGGAGCAAUCCGGAAGGUAUGGUAAUUGCUGGAGCAGGGAUUGGACAUAAAGAGUUGGUCGAAUUGGCCAAAGAUUACUUUGGUGCAAUGAAGCAAAGUGGAAGCCCCGCCACUGUUCCUAGUGCAUACAGAGGCGGGUCUCAUUUCAUUGGCAACUCGACACAGUCUUCCAUAUUUUCACCAACCAUGCCAGAGGAAGACUUCUGUAGGGUCGCGCUGGCCUUUCCAGUUGGUGGUUGGCACUCAGAUAGCAUGGUCACGGCUUGCGUCUUGCAGACGCUACUGGGAGGUGGGUCAUCCUUCUCUGCUGGUGGGCCAGGAAAGGGGAUGUAUUCACGGAUGUACCAACAAGUUCUAAACCGAUAUGGUUGGAUGGAAACAGCCGAAGCCUUCACCACAUUUGCCGACGAAGGUGGUUUGUUCGGUGUCAGUGCAAGCACACCAGCUCCGAACAGGGUAAAGGAUUUGGUUACUGUUUUGGCAGACCAACUUGCAAGAUUGGCUUUUCAACAGGUUGAUGACAUUGAACUCUCUCGGGCUAGAAACAUGUUGAAGUGCAAUGUGCUCACUCAAUUGGAGUCGAGGUUAAUCUUGUUCGAAGACAUGGGCCGUCAGGUCUUGACGUAUGGAAAGAGAGAAGAUGCAGCUACAACGUGCAAGAAGAUCGAUGCCGUGACUGCAGACGACAUUCAAGCCCUUGCACUGCAAAUGCUGAAAGGAAACGCACCAACGAUUGCAGCAACUGGUAGUCAUUUAGACCAGAUUCCUUCACAUGAAGAAAUUGCUCGAUGGUUUCAAUAA